GCCUCCGGAGAUGCGCCAGCUCUUGCCGCGUCUCGGCGGCUCGUGCAAGCCGCUACGGUAGCGGCGGCGGCGGGGCCCGCGCAGCUGAGAGGCGUGCGCCGGCCUCUCGGCAUCCCCUGGGACGCGGCCUCGGACAGGAAGGGCCUGUAGAGACGCACUCUUUCCCAGAGUGACUUCCUGGGUCUUCAUGCAGCCAUGGAUCUGGAUAAACCUUCUGUCUGGGGCUCUUUAAAACAGCGGACCAGGCCUUUGUUAAUCAACCUGAGCAAGAGGAAGGUGAAAAAGAACUCAGACAAACUCCUGGACUUACGGGCCACGCAUUGUCUGGACCGCCGCCUCAGCCUCUCUGUCCCUGACCUCCUGGAGGCUGAGGCCUUGGCCCCAGAGGGGCGGCCUUACUCUCAGCCCCAGUCGUCCUACACCUCGGUGCCUAGCAGCCUGUCGACGGCAGGGAUCAUUCCUAAAAGUAGCAGUAGCUCUUUGAAACAGUCUGAAGAAGAUUUGGAUUGGAGCCAGGAAGAAGCAGGCCACUUCCAUGUAGUGGAAACAGACUCCCAGGAGACCUAUGCCUCUCCUGCUGAGGACAGGAGGGCUUCCAGCAGUGGCAUCUUUGAUGUGCUCCAGAAAACUCCCCUUGGAGAGGAUGCACCGGAAGGACCAGAGAAGCUCUGUGGAAGUGGUUAUCUGAAUGCCUCUCUGACAUCCCAACGUUUCCAAGAGCAAUCUACUCUCGGGAAAGCCGGCGACGGCUCGAGUAACCUGUCCAGCCCUUUCGCCUACCUCCUCACCAUCCACCUGAAGGAAGGCCGGAACCUGGUGGUCCGGGAUCGCUGUGGCACGAGUGAUCCCUAUGUGAAAUUUAAGCUGAAUGGGAAGACUCUGUACAAAAGUAAAGUCAUAUAUAAGAACUUGAACCCAGUUUGGGACGAAAUAGUCUUAUUGCCAAUACAAAGCCUUGAUCAAAACCUGCAUGUGAAGGUGUAUGAUCGAGAUUUAACUACAUCUGAUUUCAUGGGUUCUGCAUUUGUCGUUUUGAGUGAUCUUGAACUUAACAGAACGACUGAACAUAUUUUAAAAUUGGAAGAUCCAAACAGUUUAGAAGAUGACAUGGGAGUGAUUGUAUUAAAUUUGAACCUAGUAGUAAAACAGUGUGAUUUCAAGAGACACCGUUGGUCAAAUCGGAAGCAGUUAAGUGCCAGCAAGUCCUCUUUGAUACGCAACCUCCGGCUCUCAGAGUCCUUGAAAAAGAACCAACUCUGGAACGGGAUUAUAAGUAUAACUUUGUUGGAAGGAAAGAAUGUCUCAGGAGGAAGCAUGACAGAGAUGUUUGUCCAGUUAAAACUGGGAGAUCAGAGGUAUAAAAGUAAGACACUGUGUAAGAGUGCAAAUCCGCAGUGGCAGGAACAGUUUGACUUUCACUACUUCUCUGACAGGAUGGGCAUUUUGGACAUUGAAGUGUGGGGAAAGCACAGCAAAAAGCACGAGGAACGUCUGGGCACGUGUAAAGUGGAUAUCUCAGCCCUCCCACUGAAGCAAGCCAACUGCCUGGAGCUGCCGCUGGAGAGAUGCCUGGGGACUCUGCUGAUGCUGGUCACCCUCACGCCCUGCGCGGGAGUCUCUGUCUCAGAUCUGUGUGUGUGCCCCUUGGCAGAUCCCAGCGAGAGAAAGCAGAUCGCCCAGCGAUUCUGCUUACAGAACUCCCUGAAAAAUAUGAAGGAUGUCGGCAUUUUACAAGUGAAGGUUUUAAAGGCAGUAGAUCUCUUAGCAGCAGAUUUCUCAGGGAAGAGCGAUCCCUUUUGCUUGUUGGAGUUGGGAAAUGACCGACUUCAGACACAUACCAUUUACAAAAACCUCAACCCUGAGUGGAACAAAGUUUUUACAUUUCCCAUUAAAGAUAUUCAUGAUGUUUUGGAAGUGACUGUGUUUGAUGAAGAUGGAGAUAAACCCCCUGAUUUUCUUGGGAAAGUUGCCAUUCCCUUGCUGUCUAUUCGAGACGGACAGACAAACUGUUAUGUGUUGAAGAAUAAAGAUUUAGAACAAGCUUUUAAAGGAGUUAUUUACUUGGAGAUGGACCUCAUAUAUAAUCCGAUCAAAGCAAGUAUUCGGACCUUUACUCCCAGAGAAAAGCGCUUUGUUGAAGAUAGCCGCAAGCUGUCCAAAAAGAUCUUAUCAAGAGAUGUAGACCGAGUGAAAAGACUCACCAUGACAGUCUGGAAUACAGUACAGUUCCUUAAAAGCUGCUUCCAGUGGGAAUCCACAUUGAGAAGUACAGUAGCAUUUGUGGUGUUUUUAGUCACUGUCUGGAAUUUUGAACUGUACAUGUUCCCGCUGGCAUUAUUGCUCCUCUUUAUCUACAAUUUCAUCAGACCUACGAGGGGGAAGGUUGGCAGCAUCCAGGACAGCCAGGAAAGCACGGACGUAGAUGAGGAGGAGGAUGAAGAUGACAAGGAAUCUGAGAAAAAGGGCUUAAUUGAAAGAAUCUAUAUGGUACAGGAUAUUGUCUCAACUGUUCAAAACAUCUUGGAGGAGAUAGCUUCUUUUGGAGAAAGAAUUAAAAACACAUUUAACUGGACGGUGCCAUUCCUUUCCUUCCUGGCCUGUUUGAUACUGGCAGUUGCCACCAUCACUUUGUAUUUCAUUCCACUGCGGUACAUCAUUUUAAUCUGGGGCAUAAAUAAAUUUACUAAGAAGCUUCGAAAUCCCUAUGCCAUCGACAAUAAUGAGCUACUAGACUUCCUCUCCAGAGUACCGUCUGAUGUUCAAAAGGUGCAGUAUGCAGAGUUGAAGCCCGGCAGCAGCCAGAGCCCCCUUCGGAAGAAGCGCAGCGCACUCUAGGACACACACCGACUUUGGAUGCCAGCACCCGAUUCCGUGUUGGGUUGACUAGACCAAUAUUCUCUCUCGUUCAGUGGUAUCCGUGGUGUCAGUCUGAAAUGCGUGCUGUGUGGAGCCCUGUCUGUAUCCUCCCCCUUCUUCGUGGCACAGAUGCACGCACAUGUGUGUGCAUCCGUGUGCAGGGGUGUCCCGGUUGCAUCUUGAGUCAGCCCAGCCAAAGGGAACAACCCAGAGAUGGUAAAAGACUUAACAUCCCUUCUCAAGUAAGAGAUAAAGCAAGGCUUCCAUGGGUCUGAGCACCCUCCUUGAGAAAAGCCAGGAGGCCACUUGGAUCCGAGCAUGACUUUGAACUCAUUUUCAUACAUCCGACAGAUUCUCAUUAAGAUUCAGUUAUUUUCACUGCCCACCCCUACACUCCUUUCAGAUGAUUGUUCAUGAGUCGGUUGUUUUUCUCUGAGUUAACAAGUCCUUGAUAGAUAGUCCCCGUCCAUCCAAAUAAUAUAUAUUAUAAAUAGAUUUUUAAAAAAUAAUUAGCCCAAUUCUUUAGGGAUCUUUCAGCUGUAAUUACCAAAGACCUAUAUGUAAAAUUUCAGUAAGCUGCUUGGUGCUGGAUGCCAGCCUGCAUCAUGGUCUGUUGCUGGCAAUGGAUGCCCCAGGAAGGCCCCCAAGGGAUCAUUCACCCAAAACCUGAAGGUUUCAUGAAAGUAUGUGGUUGCCUCAAAUAGCCAUUUCUUCUGACUUGACUUUUUGCUUA